UAUUGAAAGUAUUUAUACCUGACCUUGAGAGUCGAUUUUAAAGCACAAAGGUCUGCUAUCGGACGAAUAGCUAUUCUAGUAUCAAUCCGCACAACACUUUCACCCGUCAAAAAGCGAAGAAGAAGAAACAGUUCCCUCCAUUAACGGAUUGGUGCGCCAGACCCAACGUCACUCGUUGGAUUAUUAGAACGCUUUAUUUCGAUAAAAAUGAGGGAAAUUCUUCAUCUUCAAGCUGGUCAAUGUGGCAACCAGAUUGGUGCAAAAUUCUGGGAGGUAAUAAGUGACGAACAUGGCAUUGACCCAACCGGGGUGUACCACGGAGACAGCGACCUGCAGCUCGACCGGAUCAACGUUUAUUACAACGAGGCUUCAGGGGGAAAAUACGUCCCUCGUGCUGUGCUGGUUGACUUAGAGCCAGGCACCAUGGACUCUGUGAGGUCUGGGCCAUUUGGCCAAGUGUUUAGACCUGACAAUUUUGUUUUUGGUCAGAGCGGUGCUGGUAAUAACUGGGCUAAGGGCCACUACACCGAAGGAGCUGAGCUGGUGGACUCAGUCCUGGAUGUGGUGAGAAAGGAGGCAGAGGGCUGCGACUGUCUGCAGGGAUUCCAGCUCACCCACUCCCUGGGAGGAGGCACCGGCUCCGGCAUGGGCACGCUCCUCAUCAGCAAGAUCCGAGAGGAGUACCCAGACCGCAUCAUGAACACGUUCAGCGUGGUGCCGUCACCCAAGGUGUCGGACACCGUGGUGGAGCCCUACAACGCCACCCUGUCCGUCCACCAGCUGGUGGAGAACACUGACGAGACCUUCUGCAUCGACAACGAGGCGCUGUACGACAUCUGCUUCCGUACGUUGAAGCUCACCACGCCCACCUACGGCGAUCUGAACCACCUGGUGUCGGCCACCAUGAGCGGCGUCACUACCUGCCUGCGCUUCCCCGGCCAGCUGAACGCCGACCUGAGGAAGCUGGCCGUCAACAUGGUGCCGUUCCCCAGACUGCACUUCUUCAUGCCGGGCUUCGCGCCGCUGACGAGCCGCGGCAGCCAGCAGUACCGGGCCCUGACCGUCCCUGAACUCACCAUGCAGAUGUUCGACGCCAAGAACAUGAUGGCGGCGUGCGACCCGCGCCACGGCCGCUACCUGACGGUGGCCGCCAUCUUUCGCGGCCGCAUGUCCAUGAAGGAGGUGGACGAGCAGAUGCUGAACGUUCAGAACAAGAACAGCAGCUACUUCGUUGAGUGGAUCCCCAACAACGUGAAGACGGCUGUCUGCGACAUCCCGCCGCGCGGCCUCAAGAUGUCCGCCACCUUCAUCGGAAACAGCACGGCCAUCCAGGAGCUGUUCAAGCGCAUCUCGGAGCAGUUCACUGCCAUGUUCCGCCGCAAGGCCUUCCUUCACUGGUACACUGGCGAGGGCAUGGAUGAGAUGGAGUUCACCGAGGCGGAGAGCAACAUGAACGACCUGGUCUCUGAGUACCAGCAGUACCAGGACGCCACGGCCGAGGAGGAGGGCGAGUUUGAAGAGGAGGGAGAAGAAGACAUGGCCUAAGCAGCUGAUAUGGCGGCUUUGCUCCUGGGCAACAUUGUUAGAUUUCACCGUUUCUUUCUUUGUUCAAAGUGUCAAACACUUCAGGCGUGAUAAAUGUCACCAGUUUUGCUUGUUCUAAAAAAAAGUUUUAGGAUUGCUUUCAGGCCUUGCAGAAAACAUGUUAAAUAUCACAAUAGAUUUUUUUUUCCCCUGGAGCAUAAAUGUGUUAACCUGUAAUUCUGCCCUGUAGUAUUUUGAAUGUUUUGUACAUUGAAGCUUUGAUAUGUGAGCGGUUUGUUUUUAUGUGGUGGCUCAUUAUUUACUGGGACUGUGAUGAUGAGUGUUUUUCUGAAUGUUGUAACUCCUCCAGUCUGAGCGCCACAUUUCCCUCUCACAAUGCAUUUCUUUAAAGCUGUUUGGUAUUUUUCUACUUAACUCUGACAAGUUGGUACAGAACCCGUCUAGCGACAUGGAAGAACAAAAAAACAACUAUACAUAAUAUUUUGUGAGAACCACUUCAUUAUAAAAAGGUAUGGCCAAGAGUGUUUUUUUAAUUCCCAUGUCACCCGACGGACUCCAAGUUUGUCCGUCUUUGGAUUUUGUUAUUUUCUGAAUGUGAUGUAUUUAGGAUGGUUGCAUGGAUUUCACUACAUUAAUAACUUG